ACUUCAUCACCAUGGACGCUAAACUAGCACUGAACUUGGAAGAGUUAGAAUCCCUUUUUACUGCGAAGAUGGCUGCUUAUGAAGCAAAGUUUGCUACAGCUUCCUUUGGCUCCUCUUCUUCUUCUGCUUCAACAUGCCUAUCUCAAGACUUUAGCGAGUUCAAAGGCUUUGUUUUGCAAGCUUUGUCAAAAUUCAAAACUCAACUAGAGUUACUGUCACUAGGAUUUGACAGGCAUGAAACUACAAUGCGGCGCAAGGUCCUCUUAAUCCAUGGUGUCCCAGAAGCCAAAGAUGAGAAAGCCGUUGACGUUGUUGCUAAAGUGUUCAAUGACAAUUUGAAGCAGUUGCGCGCGCGCAGUCGUAGCGAGCGGUCGAGCGAGCAGUUGACGCUUACGCGAUUUGGAAGUGAGAUGGUGGAAGAGGAUCUUGAAAUGGAGAGCGAGCAACAAGUUAAUAGGAUGGAGAAAGAGAAAAAUACGGAGUUAAGUAGAGAGCAACAAGUAUUACCGGAGAAAAGAAGUAGACAGGAAGAUGACGAAGAAGUAAUUGAAGACAGCAAGAGUGCGUUAUAUCAUAUAGCUCGAUGCGCCUCUGGUCGCAGAGGUACACCGAUAGCAUACGAGAUACUCUCUAAAAUUGAAGAACUAGCGGAGAAAGGAGUGGAUCUGAGGUUGCAAUGGGUUCCUUCGCACAUUGGGAUACGUGGUAAUGAGGAGGCGGAUAGAUUGGCGAAAAUUGGAAACAAUUUGAAGCUGAGUGAGCUGUCCAGAGAGAACAUCCAUGUGUGCCACCGAUUGGGAUCAGGCAAGCGUUCCAGACCAUUACUCGUGAGGUUCUUUACCACCGAGCAUCGCCACCUUGUUUGGGAUGCCAAGAAGUCACUUAAAGGUACAGGUUACACAAUAUCCGAAUUUCUUACUCGUAUGCGUCACCAAACGUUUAUCGCUGCACGCAAACGCUUCGGGAUGACUAAUUGCUGGUCGAGUGAGGGCAAGAUAGUUAUCAUCACUCCUGACAAAUCUCGUCACAAAUUGGAAUCCAUGGAGGAACUUCAAAAACUACUUUUAUGA